AUGAAGCUGUCCGUCAUCACCGCUGUGGCCCUGGUGCCCUUCGUCUCGGCUCACUACUUCUUCGACAAGCUGAUCGUCAACGGCAAGGAGACUGCCAGCUUCCAGUAUGUCCGUUCUAACACUCGCCCUAACAAGUACAACCCCACCAAGUGGAAUAACGUCCGCGACAACAUGACACCCGAUAUGUCUGAUUUCCGCUGCAAUAAGGGUGCUUUUACCUUUGCUGGCAAGACUGGUGUUGCUGAGAUCAAGGCUGGCUCUAAGGUGGCCCUCAAGUUGGCUGUCAACGCCCACAUUCAGCACCCAGGUCCAUCUCUGGUGUAUAUGUCUAAGGCCCCCAACGGCGUCAAGAACUACCAGGGUGAUGGAGACUGGUUCAAGAUUUUUGAGGACAGUGUCUGCAACAAGAAUGCCGACUUCACCAGGGAGGCCUGGUGUUCGUACAACAAGGACCGCGUUGAAUUCACCAUCCCUGCUGAUACUCCCGAUGGAGAGUAUCUCAUUCGCCCUGAGCACAUCGGUGUCCACGGAGCCCAUGCUGGACAGGCCGAGUUCUACUACUCCUGUGCUCAGGUCAAGAUUGUCGGCGGUGGUAAGGGCAAGCCUGGCCCCAUGAUCAAGUUCCCUGGCGGCUACAAGAAGACCGAUCCCUCGUUCAACUUCAGCAUCUAUAAUGGCUACAAGCCCUACCCCAUGCCCGGUCCCAAGGUCUGGAAUGGUGGUGCCAGCUCCGCCUCUAGCGGCCGCGAUCACCGCAGCCACCCCCGUGACUUUAUCGCCGAGCCCGAGUAUACCCCUGAGGUUGCGGAUGAGGUCGAGGUUGAGGCCGGUGAGGAGUAA